UGCAAGCAAUGUGGAAAGACAUUCAGGUGGAGCUCCCAGUUUGCAAAACAUCAGAGAAUACAUACUGGGAAGCAACGUUAUGAAUGCAAGCAAUGUGGAAAAACAUUCAGGGAGAGCGGCUAUCUUGCUGUCCAUCAGAGAAUCCACACUGGGGAGAAACCUUAUGAAUGCAAGCAAUGUGGAAAGACAUUCGGUUGGAGCUCCAGUUUUGCAAAACAUCAGAAAAUCCACACUGGGGAGAAACCUUAUGAAUGUAAGCAAUGUGGAAAGACUUUCAGGGCAAGGUCCAGUCUUACUGUGCACCAGAGAAUCCACACUGGGGAGAAACCUUAUGAAUGUAAGCAAUGUGGAAAGACAUUCAGGGAGAGCGGCUAUCUUGCUGUACAUCAGAGAAUCCACACUGGGGAGAAACCUUAUGAAUGCAAGCAAUGUGGAAAGACAUUUAGGGUGAGUUACCAUGUUGUUGUACAUCAGAAAGUCCACAGCAGGGAGAAACCUUAUGAAUGCAACCAAUGUGGAAAGACAUUCAGGGAGAGAGGCUAUCUUGCUAUACAUCAGAGAAUCCACACUGGGGAGAAACCUUAUGAAUGCAACCAAUGUGGAAACACAUUCAAGAAGAGGUCCCAUCUUGCUGCACAUCAGAGAAUCCACACUGGGGAGAAACCUUAUGAAUGUAACCAAUGUGGAAAGACAUUCAGGGAGAGAGGCUGUCUUGCUAUACAUCAGAGAAUCCACACUGGGGAGAAACCUUAUGAAUGCAAGCAAUGUGGAAAGACAUUCAGGUUGAGGUCCCAGUUUGCAAAACAUCAGAGGAUCCACACAGGGGAGAAACUUUAUCAAUGCAAACAAUGUGGAAAGACAUUCACAGAAAGCUCCAGUCUUGCUGUGCAUCAGAGAAUCCACACUGGGGAGAAACCUUACAAAUGCAACCAAUGUGGAAAGACAUUCAGGCAGAGCUGCCAGCUUCCAAAACAUCGGAGAAUCCACACUGGGGAGAAACCUUAUGAAUGCCAGCAGUGUGGAAAGACAUUCAGGGAGAACUCCAACCUUACUGAGCAUCAGAGAAUCCACACUGGGGAGAAACCUUAUGAAUGCAAGCAAUGUGGAAAGGAAUUGAGCACAAGGUCCAGUCUUACUGUACAUCAGAGAAUCCACACUGGGGAGAAACCUUAUAAAUGUAAGCAAUGUGGAAAGACAUUCAGGGUGAACUCCAACCUUACUGAACAUCAGAGAAUCCACACUGGGGAGAAACCUUAUGAAUGCAACCAAUGUGGAAAGACAUUCAGAGCAAGGUCAAGUCUUACUGUACAUCAGAGAAUCCACACUGGGGAGAAACCUUAUGAGUGCAAACAAUUUUGAAAGACAUUCAGGGAGAGCUCCAGUCUUGCAACAUAUUAGAGAAUCCACACUGGGGAGAUACCUUAAUGCAAGCAAUGUAGAGAAGAUUUCAGAAUGUAAUAAUUAAAAGUAGUGUUCCAUGGUACCAUUUAUAACAAAUAUUACAUUGGCUGCCUGUUAAUAGCUUUAUUAUAGCAAUGUAGAGAUUGUAGAGAGGGAAAUAUGUGAAAGAGAUGAGGAGUUUUCUCACCUACCACCUUAAGUGUCUAUCCAAUGGAAUCCAACUUGCUCCCUGACAAAGUUUCAAUCUCCAGCCAGAAGAGAGGGACAAUCUCAGCCUCCAGGUUCAAAUUUUGGGAUAGAAGUCCAUGAGUCUUCAGCCUGAGUCACCAACCCAGAAUGAAUUUCAUGUUCUUCAGACUUCUGUCUUGCUUUUAUCAUCCCUUUUCUCCAUGUCACUUUUCUGGAAACAGUCAUAGUUCUUUAACUUGCCUGGCACCACUCAGGGAGGCAGUACCUGUGAGACCAAUUUAUUGUCUUUUUAGUUUCAACUUCUUUUCUCAAAGGGUGUGUCUAUCCUUACAAAUCUCAAUGGUAAA